GCUCGCUCAAACGCAGACAUGUACGUAUAGAUCGUUGACAGGUUGAAAGCAGAAAUAGUGAUUAUGAAACAGGGUUAUUAAAGAAGACGGGUCGUUAAAUUUGAUUUUAUGUUUGGAAAAGGAAAGUAAAGUUAAUCAUGAAAAGGUCUAAUUCACGGGAUGCCCUAAUCUCGUAUGAGAAAAAUGCAAGCAACGGAGAACGAGGAUACGGAUCAACAAACAAGAAAACUGACGAACAUGUCACCGUCGGACUGGAUUGUGAAUCUUUUGAUGGAAAAAAGGCCUCAACGAUUACCUUGCAUAAUAUACAAUAUUCUGUUCCAGUUAAAACUAAACCGUGCUGUGGAGCGACAAAGGAUAAAAUUAUAUUGAAAGACAUCAAUGGUAUUUUCCGUCCUGGUAUGAAUGCUAUUCUUGGACCAACAGGAAGUGGUAAAUCAUCAUGUCUCGAUGUUUUAGCUGGACGAAAAGAUCCAUCAGGUUUGAGAGGAAAUUUGUUGAUAGAUGGGGCUCCACCACCCGAUAAUUUUAAAUGUUUGGUCGGCUACGUUGUUCAGGAUGAUGUUGUCAUGGGAACGUUAACAGUACGAGAGAAUUUUGAGUUUUCUGCCAGUCUGCGUUUACCACGGACUGUUACUAAAAAAGAGAGAAAUCAAAGAGUAGACCAGGUUAUCCAGGAACUAGGACUGAUGGAAUGCGCUGAUACAAAGGUUGGUAAUGAAUUUAUACGAGGUGUUUCUGGAGGUGAGAGAAAACGAACCAAUAUUGGCAUGGAGUUGAUUAUAUCGCCACCUGUAUUAUUUUUAGAUGAACCUACAACUGGUCUUGACGCUAGUACGGCCAAUGCUGUCAUGUGUCUGCUGAAAAGGUUGGCAUUGAAAGGAAGAACGAUAAUAUUUUCUAUACAUCAACCUCGUUAUUCUAUAUAUCGUCUGUUUGAUAGUUUAAUGUUGCUAUCAGCGGGAGAAGUCGUAUUUCACGGUCCAGCAACUAAUGCUCUAGAUUAUUUUAAAUCUGCUGGUUACGAAUGUGAAGAACACAACAAUCCUCCAGAUUUCUUCCUGGAUAUAAUUAACGGAGAUUCGUCUGCUGUUAUGAGUAUGGAUGCUCUAGAAGAAAGUGCCAAACAUGGUACAAUAGAUUCAAAUAAAACACAAGAAGGUUCAGAAAAUAGCAUCCACAAUAAAUUAGUUGAACAUUAUAAGAGCUCUGUGUGGAAACAGACGUUAUUUAAUGAAAUAGAGCCUUUAGAACAACAAUACUUAGAGAACGUUAGAAAUGAUGCCGUCGUUAGAAUGCCAAAAGUAUCCUAUGCUACAUCUUUUGCCUGGCAGUUGUGGAUUGUGUCUAUACGAACAGCCAGAAAUUUAUUCAGAAACCCACAAAGUUCAAUUUUACAGAUUUUUGUAAUGAUUAUAUUUGGUGUAAUUGUUGGAGCUGUUUAUUUCCAAAUAGAUAACUCUGCUAAAGCCGGUAUACAAAACAGGGUUGGUGCUUUCUUCUUUAUUAUCAUGAAUCAAGUUUUUGGUAAUUUGUCGGCCAUUGAACUAUUUAUAAAAGAAAGAUCUAUAUUUAUCCAUGAGAAUGUCAGUGGUUUUUAUCGUGUAUCAGCGUAUUUUUUAGCCAAGGUAUUUUGUGAUGUGAUACCUAUGAGAAUGAUACCAGUAGCUGUUUUCUCCUCCAUUGUUUAUUGGAUGGUUGGAUUUACAGCCGAUGUUGGAAAAUUCUUCUUCUUCAUGUUGGAUUUAUUUUUAACGACGUUAUCAGCUACGAGUCUAGCAUUUGCUAUCAGUGCUAGUGUUCGUAUGCUAGCCAUCGCUAAUUUACUCAUCGCUCUGUGUUUUGUAUUUAUGAUGUUGUUCAGUGGACUGUUAGUUAAUUUAUCAUCAAUGGCUGCCUGGUUACGGUGGAUAAAAUGGGCCAGUAUAUUCCGUUAUAGUUUAGAUGCUUUAAGUAUAAAUGAGUUAAAAGAUAUGGAAUUUGGAGAUUGUGGUGGUGGCGUAAAUGGCACAGGACCUGGAAAUGGUACUUGUGUUUUGGGUAAUAAUUAUCUACAGGAUCAAGCCAUUGAUUAUGAUACCACCUGGUAUCUAUGGAGAACACAGGUAGCGCUCGCCAGUAUCAGUUUCAUCUUUCUAGCGUUAGGUUAUCUCAAAUUACUUACCAUGAAAAAAUUGAAGUAAUUUAUUUUUCUUGACACAUGUAAUAAACACAAAAACAUAAUAUUGAACACAAUUACUAUUUUAGUUAAAGCGACGUAUUUUGGGGAGUUAUCUUAAUCUGAUUAAAAUACAGAUCUAUAUUUCGUUACAUUUUUUUAUUCUUUCGAUGGCCUCUACUACAUGAAGAUCUGACCAGUUGUAGUGGGAGGUCGCAUCAGAGGUUGUACAAGCGGCUUUUGACCCUUUAACGGCAGGCAUUGAUUAAUCAAUCGGUGUUGUCGUUUCUAGUGGUUUACCCACAGUUCCCUGCAUCGCAUGUCAAGAAGUCGCUAUAACAGAUGGUUUCAUUGGCUAAUCCCUCAUGCCAUCCAGAACACGGGUUAUAUAACAACUCUUCCAGAGUGUAGUACAGACAAAUAAAACAAAAUUUUGAAUUUUAAAAAACGAAAGAAAUAAUCAGAUUGGGAGUUCUCUCAAAGUUAUCAAACAAAUGAUGAUAAGAGAGAAAUGGGGUUUAACAUCCACUCGACACAAACUAGGUCAUUUCGGGACUAACACAUGGUUCAAUUUUAUUUCAAUAAUUCACUUGCAGUGGAAGGACCCGGAGAAAACCCACGAGGUUGGGCAGGUGACCCUAUGCCUUGUCACGUACAACCGGGGAAUCGAAACCAUGCCAGUUGACUCAAUGACAGACCUUAUGAUACAACGCGCACGGGCUAACCAUUCGGCCAUCCAACCCCCCUUAUAAUAUACAGAAGGUUUAUAUACAAAAAAAAACAAGUAACAAAUAAAUAAUCAAUAGGGAAACCAUUAAAAGAGUAAUUGUGUUCCAUAUUAUUUUUUUUUGUGUUUAUUAAUUAAUUUUUUGAUAUGUAGAAAAUUCCAUUUCAUUUGUAAUUUUUAUGUUUUUGUCAUUUUGGGUUUUUUUUUUUAUUAGCAAUAUUUUUAUUCAGAUUUGUAUCUGAAUAGGGAUUGGGGAACAGGCAUAGCCUUUAUUCUAUAACUACAUGCAAAUACAAGAAAAUAUCAUUGAAUACAGCCAUUGAAUCAAUGGCUUGUACACUCACUACUUUUGUCCAGAAUGACAUUACUUUCAGAAUUAUGUCAAACUGUAAUGACGUCACCAUUAGGCAACCACCCUAUUUGUAAAAAAGAAAGAAAAAAGGGCGGAACCUUUGAUGAAUUGUUUUUUGGGAUAAUCUGCAUAGUACAGUGUAUUUUGAGAUUUGCAUGUAGUUAUAGAAUAAAAACAGAACUCAAUGACUAUUGUAUACCGCUCGGGUUAUUCAAUGGUUCGCUCGAGUGUAGCCUAUCCCUGCCGCAUUCCAAUCGCUAGCGCUCGUGGAAUACUUGCGCAGGGUAACACUCUCUUGAACCAUUGAAUAACCCGAGCGGUAUAUAUUAUAAACCCCUCUCCCUAUUAUUUUGUUGAUAACAGAUAUCCUAAUAUUGCGCCAUGAGAACGUUUUGUGGAUAUACCGCUUUAUAAACGGACAUGUUAUUAUUUAUAUAUAUAAGCUGUUUAUAGUUUUUAUGGAAAAAAAAUCAAAAAUCAAAAGAAAAAAAAUACCAAUUUUAAGGGUUGUCUUCCCUUGUUUAACUAAAUCAAUGGUGUUGUAAUAUUCUAUGGUUUAUCGUUUUAAUCAUGCUGUUUUGGGGGGAAAGUAGCUGACUAUCAUAAAUGGGUUCGUCCGUCUGUCAUGGCGUAAUGUUGAACAUUUGAACAUUUUGACUGAGUUCGAUGAUGACCAUUUUCUGCUUACAUUAAGCUGAGAUAAGUGCUUGGUGUAUAUUUUUAUUACAUCAAUACCUCAACUUAGUUCGAUAAUGAGCGUUUUCUUCUUCGGUUAAGCAGAGUGAUUCGUAAUUUGAUUACUUGAUGCUUUACUAAAAGAUGAAUGCGCAAGUAGUUAAUUAGUGUCUUCUAUUUAUUUUGGGAUCAAGGCACAGGGAGUAUCAACCUCACUGUUGGCUUGUUGAGGCAGUGUGGGGGUAUCAGCCUCACUGUUGGCUUGUUGAGGCAGUGGGGGGUAUCAACCUUUUUGAGGCAGUGGGGGUAUCAGCCUUGUUGAGGCAGGAGGAGCAUCAGCCUCACUAUUGGCUUGUUGAGGUAGGAGGAGUAUCAGCCUCACUGUUGGCUUGUUGAGGCAGUGUGGGUAUCGGCCUCCAUGUUGGCUUGUUGAGGCAGUGGGGGUAUCAGGCAUUUUAUGUUGUUUUAUUUUAUGACGAUGUCCGCAUCAUGUAUAUUCAGAAUAUUUUAAGUAAUUAUAAAAAAAAUCUAAAUUCUGCAUUUAAUUUGUAUUUCCUUAAAACCUCUGUAUGUUAUUUGUACAUCCUUAAAACAAAGUCUUGAUUAUCCAUUUUUACGUUUACUCAUCCAUCACAAUCUAGAGUUGAUUAUGGUCUGGAUAAGUUAAUUAAUGUCUAAUUAAUAAUUUAGAUAACAUUUUAGGCCUAAUUGCAUAAUGUAUGUUUAAUAUUUAAUCAAGAAAAUAAAAUCAGUGGUUGAGGCGUGAAUUCAAAAGAGGCCCAUCAAAAGAUUUUACCAACACUUAUAUGUGGCAUUGGUUUCUUUAUAUCGUCUGCAGUGGAUCCUAAAUGUUGUGAAUUUUCAAUUCAGAGAAUACCUCGAAUACCAAUUAGAGAAUCUCUCAAAUAUCAAUUAGAGAAUCUCUCAAAUAUCAAUUAGAGAAUCUCUCAAAUAUCAAUUAGAGAAUCCCUCAAAUAUCAAUUAGAAAAUCCCUCACAUACCAAUUGGAGAAUCCCUCACAUACCAAUUGGAGAAUCCCUCAAAUGCCAAACAGAGAAUCCCUUAAAUGCCAAUUAGAGAAUCCCUCAAAUACCAAUUAGAGAAUCCCUCAAAUACUAAUUAGAGAAUCCCCCAAAUACCAAUUAGAGAAUCCCUCAAAUGCCAAUUAGAGAAUCCUCAAAUGCUAAUCAGGGGUUUUAAUGAAUAUAGUUGUAAACUGGUGUAUACAUUAUUUAGAUCAUAAUUUAUUAUUUGAUCAAGAAUUCCGCAAAGUGUUGUUUUAUUUUUAUAACAUUAUUAUGUUCAGGUAUCAAGUUUGUUAAAUUAGAUUUAUAUAAAUAAAAACAUAGUUUAGUUUUUUUUUAACAA